AACUCCCUGGUUGAUGUUUUUGCCAUCAUGCAUAGCACAUAGAAGGAGCUCGAUAACUAACCGUUGGAUAAAUAACAUUCGUUUUUAUAGACGAAUCUGUGUUCUGAGAAGGAUGACAGGGAUCUUAUAUCUUCCAUCACAUCUUGCAUAAGGAACCCUUGAACAGACAUUACACAUAUGGUAGAAGGUUACAAGGCAGGAGCCCUUUUCUGAGGAAACCCCCGAAUGUUCAACCAAAGCAAGGAACACCAGUAGCAGAUGCCAUUGGUGUGUUAAGGAGAAAUUUUCCGAAAAGAGAGGGAACAAUCAUUGAUAGACAUGACUUGAAGAUGCAUGGAGUGGGAUAAUUGGAAGCUCUACUGGUGUGCUGCAGUCUUCUUCUGACCUGUCAUUGUUCCCAGAUGAGUGAUCAUGGAUCAUGGUUCGGGGUGGAAAGAUACAAAGGAACGAAUAAAGCAAUAAGCAAUAAAAGGCAGGUAAAUGAAGGAGAAUUCACAGGACAGGAUGCCAUUGCCCAGGUGUUACUUGCCUUGAAGACCCUACUGUCGUUUAAGACUAUUUCAGGAGUCAAGAAUUGCAUCUGAGGCCAUUGUCACUGUGACCCGUGAAGGAAGAACACUAAGAGAGCUUCCAGGUUCAUCUGCUGAGAGGCUGUUUCUCCUUUGGUUGGAAGGUAAAAUCUCAAGCCUCAGGCUCCGCUAGUGAUGGACCCGUAUGUCAUUCAGAUGAACAGCAACAGCAACCUCCCCUCCGUUCUGGAUGUGCAUGUCAACAUUGGUGGGCGAAGCUCUUUGCCGGGAAAAAUGAAAGGCAGGAAGGCCAGAUGGUCCGUGAAGCCUUCAGAUAUGUCCAACAAAACUUUCAAUCCCAUCCGAGCCAUUGUGGACAGCAUGAAGGUGAAGCCAAAUCCAAACAAAACCAUGAUCGCUCUGUCAAUUGGGGACCCUACUGUGUUUGGAAACCUGCCUACAGACCCUGAAGUUACCCAAGCCAUGAAAGAUGCCCUGGACUCUGGGAAGUAUAACGGCUAUGCCCCCUCCAUUGGCUAUUUAUCCAGUAGGGAGGAGAUUGCUUCUUACUACCACCGGCCUGAGGCUCCCCUGGAAGCUAAGGAUGUCAUUCUGACUAGUGGCUGCAGUCAGGCUAUUGAACUUUGUUUAGCUGUGUUGGCCAACCCAGGACAAAACAUCCUAGUUCCGAGACCCGGUUUCUCUCUCUACAGGACUUUGGCUGAAUCGAUGGGAAUUGAGGUCAAACUCUACAAUUUAUUGCCAGAGAAGUCUUGGGAAAUUGACUUGAAACAACUGGAAUCUUUGAUUGAUGAAAAGACAGCUUGUCUCAUUGUUAAUAAUCCAUCAAACCCCUGUGGGUCAGUGUUCAGUAAAAGUCAUCUCCAGAAAAUUCUGGCUGUGGCUGCAAAGCAGUGUGUCCCCAUCUUAGCUGAUGAGAUCUAUGGAGACAUGGUGUUUUCGGAUUCCAAAUUUGAGCCUUUGGCCACCCUCAGCAGCAACGUCCCCAUCCUGUCCUGUGGAGGGCUGGCCAAGCGCUGGCUGGUUCCUGGCUGGAGGUUGGGCUGGAUCCUCAUCCAUGACCGAAGAGACAUUUUUGGCAAUGAGAUCCGAGAUGGGCUGGUGAAGCUGAGUCAGCGGAUCCUGGGACCCUGCACCAUCGUCCAGGGAGCUCUGAAAAGCAUCCUGCAUCGCACCCCUCAGGAGUUCUACCACAACACUCUGAGCUUCCUGAAGUCCAAUGCUGAUCUUUGCUAUGGGGCAUUGGCUGCCAUCCCUGGACUCCAGCCAGUCCGUCCUUCCGGGGCCAUGUACCUCAUGGUUGGAAUUGAGAUGGAACAUUUCCCAGAAUUUGAGAAUGACGUGGAGUUCACGGAGCGCUUAGUUGCUGAGCAGUCAGUCCACUGCCUCCCAGCAACGUGCUUCGAGUACCCGAAUUUCUUCCGGGUGGUAAUCACGGUCCCCAAAGUGAUGAUGCUGGAGGCUUGUAGCCGGAUCCAGGAGUUCUGUGAGCUGCACUACCAUUGUGCUGAAGGGAGCCAGGAAGAGUGUGACAAAUAGGCCCAAGUCUCUUGAGUAUGUGUCCGGUGAGCGCUGGACAGGACUUGCUGUUCCUCAAGAGGAAUCAGGUGCUCCUACUGGGAGAGGGGCCUCAAAAACAUGUCAAGGGUUCAGAAUUGCUCCUACUUUUCCCCAACUAUGUCCACAUACACAAUCUGAAUCCCAGAUUCUCCUCUCACUCUGCUCUGCUGGAGUGACUCACUAAUUCAUGAAACUGCCCCCUCCGAUAUGACUUCCUCUUUUUUUCCUGAGAGUGAGUGAAACUUACCAGAAAGUGGUAGAAACAAGAAAAAUAAAAGCUCAUGAUGAGAGAAACAAAAGAUUGAGAGAAUUUGUGCCCCCAAACAUUUCCUCAUACUAUAAGUAGGAGCACACUCUCUCCAGUCAGGUGAGACGCCCAAGUCUGUUACUGCUUCACUUCAGGUAUACCUCGCUUUAUGCAAUAGAACUAUAACGAAAGAAGUUGGGGACACAUGUAUUUGGUUAAUUAUAUUUUAAACACAUUAGGAAAAUUUGCUAAUUUGAAGGAUCCCUUACAGAAACCUUCUUGUUGAUUUUUUUAAAAAAGAAUUAUUGAUUGUAUGGGGCUACUGCCUGGUUCAGUCGGUAGAGCACGUGACUCUUGAUCUUGGGGUCAUGAGUUUGAGCCCCACAUUGGGUGCAGAGAUUACGUACAUUCAUGCAUAAAUAGAAUUAUUGAUUGUAAAGGUAAUCAAUGGACUUUUUAAAUUUAGAUAUAUGUACAUCAGGGUUUCUUAAAAUGAGGGCACAUCUAUACUUUAAAAAAAAAAAAAAGGAGGAAUCAUAGGACCUUCCAGAAAUACUGUGGUGUAAGGGCCAGACCUCACUUAUCAUUUUUAUGGAAUCAUUGCUUUUGCUGUAAGGUUGAUAUUGAUUUAUUGAUAUAUAUAUUAUAUUAUCUUUUCAUAUGUUUUCUAAGAAACAUUUAUAUUGACAAGUUCCUUUAUUUUGCCAAGGGCAUAAAUUAUUGUUUUUCUUCUUUUUUAAAAAAAAUAAAUUUUACUAAAU